AUCUUCAGUAGAAAGUAAAGGUCAUGGUUUAUUGAUCCCAAAAAUAAUGAACCAUGCUCUGGUUCGGUUUCCUCAAAGUUCAGCAAUGGUUUGGGCCAGACCAACGGUACUCUUCGUCCCUUCAAAUCUAACUUUGAAAAGAGCACAUGGGUUGGUUGCUUCUCUUGCUUUAUCUUCCUCUAAAUGUAGGAGAAGGAAGAACAAAUUGCGACCCAAGCUACUAAGAACACUACCAAAACCAGCGUUGUUAGAUACCCAACAACAAAAAUUCUCUGAUUUUGUCAUAGAACCAGAUAGAUUUGAUCAUAAUACUAUCAGUGAGGAGCUUUGCAUGGCUCCACUCCCUUUAGAAGAGGAGAACUUGGAGGUGGAGAUUCAUGGUUUUAACCAGGCUGAGGUUAUAAGCCAUGGAUUCCCAGAUAGCUUCAGUUCCAGGUCAGUUAUUCAUCUAGUAUUGUCCCUUGUUGGGGUUUUUGUAUUUCAGACUGCUUGUGCUGUUUGGGUUUUGGGGUCUGCAAAUUUUGAUGAUAAAUUGGGAAAAUUGGAGGAAAAUAGUGAUGGGUCUUCCUCUUCUUCUUCUCCAAAUAUCAAAAAUGGGUUAUUUUCUAGUGGAAGGAAGGAUGGGUAUUUUGCUAAACUUUCGACUGGUGAAGCUGAGCUAGGAGAGAGAAUAUCAUUGAUUCGAAGUAUGGCGAGGGAGGCUCGAGCUAAUGAGAGAAAGAGAUUGAAGGAGGAUGACCCAUUUGUUAGUUUAGAAGAAAAUGAUACAUUUGUUGAAACUACAAAGAAUUUAUCAGCUCCUGUUAAAUUUCAGACACCCAUUGAGAAAGAAGUUGAUAAGCAUUUAGAGAUAUUACCUCGGCUUGUUCCAAAACGCUUGAAGGAUUCAACGGAGCUUCCUGUAAAAAGUUUAACUAAGGUUUUGGAUGUGCAAAAUUUGAUUGGAAAAUCGAGAUCCAGGAAAGCUAGUAGAAAAAAUUCCCCUUACAAGUACAGGCAAAAUCUCGAUGGAAUUGUAAAAGAAGCUGACAAAAAUAGGUCGAAGAGUGUCCAGGCAAGAGCUCCUUGGGGAUCUCGGGGAUCAAGUAGUGAUAAAAAUGGAGAAGGGAGUAAGCGAAAAGCAACGAGCGCUGACGUGGAUGGUCGAAAUGGGAAUUCCCACUCGGUCCUUGGUCGCGAGAAGCAUAAUAUGGAAGAUGAGAUUGGCUUCUCAAAAGUGCUCGAUGGGAAGUUAGAGAGAAUGCUCGAUGGGAAGUUAGAGAGAAAGGACGAGGGUACAAAAGAGAGGAUUCAGCCAAGGAUUGAGGCUAUAGACCUCCAAACUGCUGACACAAAAGGGACCAAUCAGAGCAGUCCAACAGAGCUACAAGAAAAUAUGGGAUCUUAUAAAACCAGAGAAUCAAGUGCACAUCAUGGUGAAACUGAAAAAAUUAUAAAUUUUGUCAAUGAGAUCAAUCAAAUAAAGUUGCCAUUGCCACUAUCAAGUUCACCAUUAAAAUCAGAUGUUUCAGAUCAUGAAAUAGUUGAAAGGUUGGAAAGUGGCAAGGAGGCUUCUACUAGUGAUCAGGUGGAUGUUGCUGAUAAUUGGGAACAGGAUGUGACGAAUGAUUUUCCGGUAGGAGAGAUAAACCAUCUAGGAGGAUCACAUGUGAGCACUGAAUCAGGGAAGGGAAUGAAAAAUUCUUAUAGAUCAUUUAAGACAGAGUAUAAAGAAGAAUCAAAUACUUCCACAGUCACAGGUGACUCAGUGCAUUAUGUGGACCAGGUUUCCGAAAAUAUGCUUCGAGAACUCAAAGACAAUGAGCUAGGAAAUGAGAAAGAUCAAUGGUGGAAAAAUCUUCGUUAUGUACUAGCAAUCUUUUUGUAUAGAGGUGCUGACGGCUCCAAAGGACUGUAUUCCUUAAAGAUGGGUCAUUCUCCAAUUGGUGAAGGUAGUUCUCAUACCAUCAUGUUUGAGGACCGCGGGGAUGCCAAUAAUUUCUGCUAUCUACUGGAAUCAUUUUUCAAAGAUUUGGGUGAUGCCCAAGCGAAGGCUGUUCCUUUGACGAUCAAUGAACUUGAUGAAGCAGUGCAAUCAGGGAGAAUGAAUGUGAAAGUAGUGAGGAAAGGCCAGCUCCGGCUUUAUGCUGGACAAGCCCUUGAGGAAGUUGAAAAGACAUUGCGAUCAUUGUAGGAUGCCCUAUAAAAUGACUGGCAGAAUUCUUUUUUUAUUCUUUUAUUUAUUUCUUGUCAAUUUAAUAUUGUAUGGUUUUCAUCAUGCACAUUUGUAAUUUUCAUAAUUGAGUGUCUCACAAGGAAAAUCAUGUCUAUGUA